AUGGCGGUAGCGGCGGCGGGCGGCGGCGGCGGCGGCGGGGGCGGCCGGGCGCAGCGCAGCGGCUGGCUGGAAGUUUUGGUGCGGGAGCGCUGGCACAAAGUGCUGGCCAACUUGGGCGGCGAGGCGCUGGUGCUGAGCGGCGAGGAGCGCCCCGACGGCGCGGCCCACAACGGCCUGGGCGGCGAUGGGGCGGCGUGCCGCGGGGCCGAGGGCGGCGGGGGGGCGGCGGCGGUGCGCACCGCCUUCACCGCCCCCGAGCAGGUGCCCGAGGCCGUCUCCAACAAGAAGCGGUGCGUGAAGGUGCUGAAGCAGGAGCUGGGCGGGCUGGGCAUCAGCAUCAAGGGGGGCAAGGAGAACAAGAUGCCCAUCCUCAUCAGCAAGAUCUUCAAGGGGCUGGCGGCCGACCAGACCCAGGCCCUCUACGUGGGCGAUGCCAUCCUGGCCGUCAACGGCACCGACCUGCGGGAUGCCACCCACGACGAGGCGGUGCAGGCGCUCAAGCGGGCUGGCAAGGAGGUGCUGCUGGAAGUGAAAUACAUGAGAGAAGCAACCCCCUAUGUAAAGAAAGGCUCCCCUGUUUCAGAAAUUGGGUGGGAGACGCCUCCCCCCGAAUCUCCCCGCUUGGGUUGCGCCUCUGCUGACCCCCUGUCGCAGCUUUCGCUCUCCAUCCACAGAGACAAGAAGACAAUACCGCUCAAGAUGUGCUACGUGACGCGCAACAUGACGGUGUCAGACCCCGAAAACAGACUUAUUGAAGUUCAUUCACCUGAUGCCAAGCACACCGUGGUGCUCAGGAGUAAGGAUUCGGCUACAGCCCAGGCCUGGUUCAAUGCCAUCCACUCCAGUGUCAAUGAGCUCAUCCCCAGGGUGAUUGCAGAGGUCAGAGACCAGCUGGGUAAAACAGGGAUUGCUGGAAGUCGAGAGAUUAGGCAUCUAGGCUGGCUUGCAGAAAAGGUGCCAGGAGACAACGAGAAGCACUGGAAGCCAGUGUUAGUGGUUUUGACGGAGAAAGACCUCUUAAUAUACGAGAGCAUGCCGCGGAUGAAGGAAGCUUGGUUCAGCCCUCUGCAUACCUACCCCCUGCUAGCCACCAGGUUGGUCCAUUCUGGCCCAGGAAAAGGCUCACCGCAGUCAGGGGUGGAUUUGUCUUUCGCAACCCGUACCGGUACAAGGCAAGGGAUUGAAACCCAUCUGUUCAGGACGGAGACUAGCCGAGACCUCUCACUGUGGACGAGGAGUGUAGUGCAGGGCUGCCACAAUUCUGCGGAGCUCAUCACGGAAAUCACCACAUGUUGCACGUAUAAAAGCCAGGAGUGCCGUUUGACCAUCCAUUACGAACAUGGAUUCUCUCUUACAACUGAACCGCAAGAUGGUGCCUUCUCUAAGACAAUUGCACAAUACCCCUAUGAAAAACUUAAAAUGUCCUCAGAUGAUGGGAUAAGGAUGCUUUAUUUAGACUUUGGAGGAAAGGAUGGAGAAAUUCAACUGGACCUUCAUUCCUGUCCAAAACCAAUUGUGUUCAUCAUUCAUUCCUUCCUGUCAGCAAAGAUUACAAGACUUGGCUUGGUGGCAUAAAUGGGAUACAUCUGUUUCUUCAAAGAAAGAUGGAGCGACCAUGCUAAUCUGAAGUACAGUCAACAGCAGCAACCCGUACCAGCUAGCAGCAUACACCAGCUUGGGGUUCAGUACCAGGCCUUGGUCAUUUCUGCAGUCUUCCAAGGCCCAGGUUUCAUUUUGAUCAGCUAAAGAGGUGGCAUGACAAGGAAAACAGUGGAUUUCAUUGUAAAUAAUGGGAUUUUAAAAUCCCAUAUGAGACAGUAAAAGCGUGUAGUACCAUACGUGUAAAUGUUUCAGAAUCAUAAAUUGUGCCUAUUUCAAUGUACUUGUUUAUCUAGAAUAAGUAAAGGGCUAAGCAGACAAGAGCGGGUGUUGGUUGUGAUGCAAGCUCAAGAUUGUUUGAGUAGAAGUUCUCCAAACAAGAUUGUCCCACCACCCAAAAGUAAAAUACUUUUUCUGUUCUAACCUGUGCACCACUUACAGAAGAUUUUUGUUUUGGAGCGCUGUCAGAACCUGUUGCUUGGCUACCCAGCAGAGCAUGCAAACCUGCGCCUUUGAGUCGGGUGCUCUAAAGCAAUACAGCUGUGGUCAGUGAGCAGCUGGAGGGUCCCUGCCGAGGGGCACUUUCAAAUUAAAUGAUGAAGACAGCUUGCGUACGUUCCUAGCGAUGGACCCAAAGCAAGACUAGCUAUAGCGGUGUACUGAGAGCCGGCUGUCACGGGGGUGUAGGUAGGAGUGUCCUUUGUUAAGGAACACACAGGAUGUAUUUUUGUAGUGACUUCCCAGAAUGGCUUAAUGAGUUUCAGCUACCCGGGAUCCCCGGCUCAGGUAAAAGUUACCUGAAUCCAUGCUGAAGCGUGACCUAAGCUUCUGCCAGUGCAUUUCCACGGCAGUUUUCCAACAGAAAGCCAUGCUGAGCUUCCUGUCCUCCUACCCCUAUGGUGUCACCCCCUCAGCUCUGAUGAGGCUGGUUGUGUGGUCUUCGUAGAAGAACAAGUGUGGGGAAGGAGGAAGACUUGAUUUUUGGAGAGUUUUCUAGAUUAGAUCAGAAAAGUUAUUCAAGCAGCUCCACAACAGUGAGGAAACACACCGGGGCAGGAACACGAGCUGCACUGCCAGAGAAGCCUUAAUAUAGAACUGCUCCUAUGAGCAUGACUUGGCAAGUCCAGCUUUAUUCCUUGCUGGUGAAACGUAAGACGUUCACCUCCGUACCCAUAACUUGCUAGUUCCUGUUUUGCACAACAACUUAGUGUUUUAAGUCAAAACACACAAAUCACUGAGUUUCAGCCUUGUUCAGUUCCGUUGGGCACAAAGCAGGCAGCAGGCAGGAACGCUGACCUUCAUCACCAGAGAUGAUACGCACAGCUCGCACCUGGAACUACUGAAUUGGCUUAAUGUGGUCGGGUGGGAACAGGAAGAAGCAGAACAGGGAUGGCGUUUAUGUUGCUCCUACUUGUAAACACAACUGCUUCAUAUAGGGGUGGGUUUUUGUUUGCUUUUACAGUUUUGCCCUAAAUUCACACUUUGAAGGACAGGAACUGUACAGGAAGUAAUAAAUCGAAAGUUUGUGGAAGUUCAUUUGUCAUAUUACAACACUUCUUUUAUUCUUGAGAAAGCACAUAAGUUUCAACUUAGCAUCACUUGGCUGGCAAAGAGGAAAAUUAAAAACACACUUUGGUUCCAUGUUGUUUUUAAGCUAAGUCUUGAGACUUAAGGCGUAAGUCAUGCUGUUUAUUCACAGCACAGGAAUUAGUUCGUGGUGGUUUCCACAGGUAUCUUAAUCAAAAACUAAUUAAAAAAUUAACAUGAUGGGCUGAAUUCACAAAUACAGAAAAUGAUCGUUGAAGAACAAUAGCUAAAUCGCCAUUUGGAAGAGCAGCCCCGCUCCCAGCACCUCCCGCCAGUCAAAAGCAAGCCUGGGAGGGGAUUCACCUAGCUGUGAACUUUUUGGUUUUACUGUCACGGUACUUGCACUUGAAAAUUAAUUCCUCAUGUAAAUUCACAAGGUAGGAGAGAACAUGUUACAUAACUUGCCAGUAAUUUCCAAAUGGACAUUUCUCAUGUAGCGACCACUGCCGUUCCCAUAACGUUCUGUGGCAGUUCCUUGGGUCUCCUUUGGCUUGGAAGCUUCUAGGAGAAUGUCUUCCGAGAAGCUGAGAGCAGUCGGUACGCUGGGGGACUGGGCCUUUGAGUAUGAACUCACAUCACAUCGUCAAGUAAACCGUUGUGUGAAGUUUUUAAAAAGCGAUUCAGGACAUUUUUAUUGCCGUUCCAAAGUAUAACUUAAAAAUUUGGACGCAGGCUCCUAUAAAAGUUCCAGAGGUUAAAGUGAAAAUUUGCAUACCGUGGGGUAGGUUAAAUACAUAUGUAAACUAUACUGCAUUAUUUCCUUAUUCCUUUAACACUUACAAAUCACUGGAAUGUUAUACCUAACAUGUAUGUGCAUUGUAAAUAUUACAAAUUCCUAUAUUAGUACCAACAAUUAAAUGACACAAUAUGUAAUCUAAGGUGCUCAGUACUAUAUGAAGUAUAAGUGAAUAACUAAACAGUUUGCAAAGAAAAUUCAUAUUAUAUAUAUUUAUAGAAAAAAUAAUGAUAAUUACAGAUGCUAUUUCUUCAUUUUCAGAUUUUGGACUGAUUCAUAUUUGGAUGGGAUAGACAAAUGAAAUAUGGACCUACUCCACAUUUAUAAGAGUAUAGUGAAUAUUUAUAUUUUAGAGGAAAAGAAUAUAUUUAAUAAAGUCAUUUAUUGGA